CGGGGUUUUCCUGCUGCGCCGCGAAGGUGAAAGGUCAUCCAGAGUAACGUGUCAGCGGGCUGUCACUCCACCCGACCGGCUGUUAAACACGCACCGCGACCAGAGUUGACCUCGAAACGCUAAAUUGGUAAAAUGGCCAAGAAGCGGAAGGAAAGACGAGAAAAUGACGGUUUGUCCUCGACUCAAGAGGAGGCGAAGGGGAGCGCUAGUGACUCGCAAGAGCUGAAAGAGGCUCAGCAUACCGAAGGGGGCUCAGCUCGCAUGUCUCUCCUGAUUUUGUUUUCUAUCUUCACCUGCGCGGCCUCGGUCAUGUACCUGGUGUACAGGAACUUUCCAGAGCUUCCUGAUGAUGAAAUGGAGAAAAUCAAGAUCCCUAAAGACAUGGAUGAUGCCAAAGCUUUGGGAACUGUGCUGUCCAAAUACAAGGACACCUACUACUCCCAAGUUUUGGUGGCCUACUUUGCGACAUAUGUUUUCCUGCAGACGUUUGCCAUCCCAGGAUCCAUCUUCCUCAGCAUCCUCUCUGGAUAUCUUUACCCUUUCCCCUUGGCUCUUUUCUUAGUCUGCUUGUGCUCUGGCCUCGGUGCUUCCUUUUGCUACAUGCUGUCAUAUCUGGUGGGCAGACCCAUUGUCUACAAAUAUCUCACAGAAAGAGCACAGAAGUGGUCCAAUCAGGUUGAACAACAUCGAGAUCAUUUGAUCAACUACAUAAUCUUCCUGAGGAUAACUCCCUUUCUUCCAAACUGGUUCAUCAACAUCACCUCACCUGUCAUCAAUGUGCCUUUGGGGGUUUUCUUCAUUGGUACUUUUCUUGGAGUGGCCCCGCCAUCCUUUGUAGCCAUCAACGCAGGGACAACGCUGUACAAGCUGACCACGGCGGGCGAGGCCGUGUCCUGGAACUCUCUGGCCGUGCUCGGCGUCCUCGCUGUGCUCUCCAUCUUGCCCGUCUGCUUUCAGAAAAAGUUGCAGAAGAAGCUGGCGUAGAGCAUCGAGAACCUCGGCACCUCGUCCGCUCCUGGCGUCCCUUUCCCCUCGGCUCAGGAACGUGAAGCUGUCCCUCGUGUUGCUGUGCCUCCGUCUCAUUCACAGAUUUUAAUUUGGAAAGUCUCAGGCCGCCGGCACAAACAAGCACCCAUUGACCACAACAUGCAGGCAGGGGGAGGGUUCCCGGUGUUAAGUGUACGCUGCUUUUGGGGGUGUCUGUGGACUACGUUGUGAUUGUGGCAUCCAUUAGAUUUUUGUUUUUUAUGGAAGGCUCUGAUUAUUAUUUUUAUGACUCCGAAAAUUAAAGGUGCUACUUGUGGGAUGUUGGCGUAAAACUCUGAUUCUGAUUCUGGUUUCUCUUUUUUUUGCUAGAAAUUGGGGGAAAAAAACAGUACCUUGUUGAGGCUGGUGUAAACAUCAGUUGUUGUUUUUUAACUGAAACUACUUUUGCUAUGACAUUUGUUUUGCGUAUCAAUUUUCUACAGCCUCUUUGUAGCAUCUUUAAUUUCCACUCUCUUUUUGAUAUUUGUUUCACCAUGGUUGUGUCCAAUCCAAACCUAAAGUUUACCACCACAGCAAUAACGGUUAUUUGAUAUUAGUUUUUAAACAUACGCAGUGAGGAAAGAGGAAAGAUUUUUAUCUUCUUGUGGUCAUGUAGGGGGCUUCAUUUUUUCUUACUUGAAAGGUUCCUGCAUCUGCUGCCACACACGUUUUCAGCAGUUCACUUUAACUUUUAGAGAACAAACCAAGCUGAUGUAAUAUUUUAGUACGUCAAAGUUUCAGCAUGCCAAACUCCAAAAAAUGUAAUUUCAGGUUUGUAAUUGAGGUGUGAAGAGAGAUGUAGACACAACUGAUUUAUGAGGGGUGAGAAGUAUGCGACGUGGAAAGGUUUAAAUGAAAGCCAAACUGAAUCAUGUUGGUUUGUAAAUGAGAGAAAUCCAGGAGCAGAUCAGUUCCCAGAAAUCACAUAUUUGAAUGAUCGGUGAGUUCAUCUCCACGCAAUAAUAUUGUUUGCCAUGCCAGUCUAGAAAUGGCGAUGUGCGUACUAUGAUGACACACCAGUGCCCUCAAUAUGCCUUACCUAUGGCUUCUGACUGCUUUUAUUGUUUGCCAGGUGAAAUGUAUUAUGAUGCCUGGUCCUUCAUUUAUUUUUGGAUGGUAAUCAUUGUGUCUUGAGUAAUGAAAGCAGGUUAUUGUUUUUAGAUUUUUGUUUAUUUUUUGUUGUUGCUGGUUUUCCAAAGUAACUCAUUGCUGAUGCUUACCCAAGUUCUGGAUGGUUACUAGGGACAUUGAUGCAGGUAACUUAACCUUUCAUCUCUUAAAAUGGCACAUUUAUAGAAGCAGUUGGUUUUGUGCAUUUCAAGGUUUCUUGUGUUUAGUUCAAUUCUUGAUGAGAAUAUGUGUGUGUACUACUGUGAGAUCAUUAACCCCUCAAACCCUGCUACAUAAACAUAAAUUUACUGUUUGUAUGAGCAUACUAAUGUCUUAGCGUUGUCUCCUGUCAUGCUUUUUAUGGCAGAAUGCAGAUUCUUUCAAAGACGGUUGGGUUGUGAUUAUUGUUGUUACUGGUUUAUCUGAGCGGUGUCGCAGAUAAACAGUCAUUCCCUCCGUCUAUAUCGUCUUCCAAAGUGCAUCUUUGGUAAGGUGUUUAAAACCAAGUUGUAGAUGCCUUAAAUUUCCCCUAAACAUCUACUCUUUUGUCUGAAUAUUUAAAUAGGAGCUUGAUUGAACUUCAUUCAUAUUCUCUUUAAUGAUGAGUUUGGAAAGAAGAUGCUAGAUUUUAUUGAUUGAUUGAUUCUUUCUCCAUGUUCUACAAUAUUUCAACCAAAUCUUAUUAUGAACUUCUCCGUAAAUAUAUAAUCAAAUUUGAAAUAUUUUUCUUUUUGUCAUAUCACCCAAAGAUAUAGUGAGAUAACUUACCUCCGGUUAAAAUGUCAAAAACCAGUAUUCCUGUUUGAGAAGUAAUUUAUUGCAAUAUGAAAUGUUUAGAGAAUGCACAUCAGUCAUGCAAGUCUGUAUUAUCUAAUCGAAUCUUUUAAUAUUUAUUGAAUUAAUAAAUGAUCUUUACACAA